CAGAUAUUGUGGAGUCUGCCUCUCUCUUGAUGCUUUGGUGCCAACAAAUUAACUGCAGCUCUUAAGUCUAUUGUAAAUUGAACGAUUACUUUUUAAAUGUGGCUUUUAAACUUCUCAACGUGAUUUUUAUCAUAGGUUGCUUAAGACUAUAAAGUAGUCAACAAUAUUGUGACUUGUUUCUCUGUAAAGCUAGUCUGAAGGCUGAAAUUAACUAAUGGUUUUGUACCACUUUGUCUUUCCUUUAGAUUCUCUCUUUUAUGGUAGCCUAUACCAUGUAUUUUACUUGUAUGCUUUGUGCAACAUCAUGUACACAACUGAAUUUCAAAUAAGCGAUCAAGUUGCAUUACUGCUUCCGUUGUAAAAUCUGUUUCUGCCUAGUAGCCUACACUAAUUUGGUUUUAUGGGUCACGACGACCUCUGCCGUUCGCACUGAAUUGCGUCUCAUUUUACGAAAGAGAACUUGUUUAUGUUGUAAACCGGCUUUUAUGAAUGGGAAAAUGAUUUGGUAACGCGUAAGUCAUGUGUGGCAGCCAAACAUAAGCGAUCGAAACCGCACAGGUUGUCCAUCGCACACUCUUAAUAAGCGUCAUUACAGUGCAGCUUGACAACACCCUCUCAAUAUUCAAGUUUGGCGCUAAAAUCGUUUUGGGUAUGAACGGAGACAAUCGAUACCCCUAUUUUUCGGGCUGACUUUGUGCAACUUUGAACAUCAGCAGAGCGUCAGUGACCAGAAGCUCUAACUUUUUUUUCAUUAUCUUGUCUAACCUGCUGUGUGACAUCAGGUUACACAAUUUCGUCGAGUGACUUCAUGGGGAAAAAUCUCUUCAUUACUAUUUUAAGCGCACGCUAAAGAUGCCACCCUUUUGCAAGUUUCAAAUACUUUUCGUUAGAAGGGUUAUACAUUUGCGCUUCGUGGCACGGUAAUGGAGUCCCCAGAACCGGCUGAAAUCCGCACCAUUCGUGAGAACUAUGAGAAAGCGCUGCAGUGUCUGAACUCAGGGCUUCAGUAUGAUGAGAUGGAGAAUAAGGACCAAGCGCUCCUUCUGUACGAACUGGGCAGGCGGCAUCUUUUCACAGGGCUAGCGGUGAACACCCGAGGUGAGCGAUGCGUCGGGCGCUACUGGGACUUCGCGCGACAGACGCAGCUGAGGAUGAACGAGACUCUGAGCACCAUCACUGAUCGUCUAGGGGUGCUGGAGUCCACAGCGAAUUCGGGUAAUCGCCUUUAUCCGACCCUUCCUGUCCUCCAGGACCCCCAGCCAGUAGUUACCACCAGAACACCUCUCCCAGCUUCAGGGGGGGCCUCUGCUCAUCCUGCCUCCCCUGCGGCAGUCUGCACUGUACCUGCUGAACUUCCAGCCUACACUCCACAACCGUCUGAAGGGCAUCUGUCACUCUCUCAUGGAGGCAACGGGCCAUUUCAAGCUGCUCCAAACCAGACACCUCAGAGCCAGGUGUUUGCCCCAGUCAAUCUCAGAGAGGUUGGCAUGGAGAUUUUGUUCUUGCCCAGUGGGGUGCAGAUGUUCUUCGUUUCUGCUGAGGGUCAAGUCAGCGCCCCUUCUUAUCCAGGGUUUCUACGAAUAAUCAUAUACAACAGCCAGAACAGUAGUGCCGGCUAUGCCCCAGCCUACCUGCAGGUUUGUGAUUGGAUUUACCCACUGUACCCCGACUCACCAGUCUUUCUUAGCCACAAAGGUGUGUUCACAUUUCCCAAUACCACCGCAGCAGUGCCGGGGUCCUAUGUUGGGGUGGUGCUGUCCUCAGAGUUGCCUGCAUCAGACAGGCAUAUGUUCCAGGAACAGCUGUCCGCUCUGGCACAGCUCAGGGUCCAGGUAGAUGAAGAACAAGGUGGCGCUGCAGGAACAGACAUUAACCUGAGUGAGAAGGUUCCUCCUUCAGAAACAUCUCCAACCCAAACACCAGGAGGGGAGGAAAAAAUGCUUCCUCUGUGGAGCGAAAAAAUUUCACAGAACAUUCUAGCAGGGACCUCCUGGCUGAGUCGGGGGCUUGUGCGAGGAGCUGAAGCUACCGGUAAAGCCAUCCAGAGAGGAGCAUCUAAGCUACGAGGAAACAUCACUCCAGAGGAGACCCCAUCAGAGGUCAGCCCCAAGGUCACCAAAGGCCUCAAUGCAGCUAAGCAGGCCACUGGGGGUGCUGUGAAAGUCAGCCAGUAUCUAGUGGAUGGGGUUGCUGCUGUAGCUGAUAAAGUUGGGAAAGAACUUGCUCCACACAUAAAAAAACAUGGUGUUAAACUCAUCCCAGAAUCCAUCAAGAAAAGUAAAGACAACUGCUCCAACGUGGAUGGAGCCAAGCUAGUCGCAGGAAGCAGCUUACAAGGUUUGUCAACUCUCUGGUCAAGUCUGGAAACAGCAGCAAAGACCAUUGGCAAAAGUAUAACUUCAGAGACGGUGACUACUGUGAGGCACAAGUAUGGAGACGAGGCAGGACAAGCUGCAGACACUGCAGUCCAGUCUGCUGUCAAUGUAGGUGUCACAGCAUUUAAUGUGGACAACCUAGGCAUCAAGAGUAUACUGAAGACCACAGGCAAGCACACUGCAAAAGCAGUGGUGAAGGACGGUUCGGAAAGAGAAGGAACUGAGAAGGAAAAGCCACCUAAGAAAGGACAGGAUGAGGAAAAACAAUAAAUAUUAGCCGUCAUGAAUUACCUUUUUAUCAUGUGCAAUCUUGUAAUACAAAAGGCUUAUACUUGUUUACAGAAAGAUGCACUUAGACUUGAGUACUGUUUUAGGGAAAUGUACUUCCCUGUUAUACUUAGAUGUUUUUUAUUUUCUUAAAUCUAUUCAGAGGGUUAUUUUUAUAGAGGGAAACAACAAGUUAUUUCAUUUUAUUUGACCUUGUUUGAAUGAUUAUUGCAGAAGUAUUUGUAUUUGCAUUUUGCGUUCUAAAGAUGCACAAAAAAGAGAACUUGGAUUAAAACUAGGAAUUAAUAUCA